UCCAAGUCGUUUGAGGAGGUCAAGGAGCAAAUGCUUGCGGCUGCUGAGAAGCUCAAGGCUGAGUUCCCACACAUGGAGCUCUAGGCAUCAGAAGUAGGCAGAGAGAAGAGUACUAAGUCUGAAAUUGAGCCGUCGUAGAUGAGCGUGAGAUGAUUUGCACUACUCCGCAAUUCGAGUCUGUGUCACCUCCACACUCAAAUAGUUGACCUUGGCAUCAAGACGUAUAGACAGAUUGAAGCUGAUAUCACUCCUAUCAUCAUGUCGAACGACGCAUUAGCCAUCAAGGAGCUCGAGAGGAAGCUCGCCCUACAAAAGAAGGCUUUCCUCAAGGAUCAGUACCCUUCCAUUGAUGCUCGUAAGGAGAACAUCAGCAAGAUUGCCGGCAUGAUCAUGUCCAACCGAGACGCCAUCCACAAGGCCCUCAACGAAGACUUUGGCAACCAUCCAAAAGCCACCUCUGAUCUCGUCGAAGUCCUCGGUGUUGCUGGUCGUGCUCAGUACGUCAUCUCCCAGAUUGAUGAGUGGACCAAGCCAAGCCAGCGUCAUGUCGACGCCCAGCUGUUUGGUGAGUCCAAGGCAGAGAUCAUCUACCAACCAAAAGGUGUCGUUGGUGUGAUUGUCCCAUGGAACUUCCCCAUGGAUCUCUCACUCGGCCCAUUGUGCGAGAUUCUCGCUGGCGGUAACCGCUGCAUCAUCAAGCCAAGCGAGUAUACCCCUGCUACAGGUGCACUACUCGAGAAGAUGGUCAAGGAGAUGUUCCCUGAAGAUCUUGUCACGGUGGUCAACGGCGGUCUUGAUCUAUCGCGUGCAUUCUCACAACAAAAGUUCAACCAUCUGCUUUACACAGGCUCCCCUGAGGUGGCCAAAUCCAUCAUGUCUGAGGCUGCCAAGAACUUGGUUCCCGUGACGCUCGAGCUCGGUGGUAAAUGUCCUGCUGUCAUGGUCGGCAACACAUUGACGCAACGCAAUGUCGAUCAAAUCAUGCAGACCAAACUCCUUAAGAACGGCUCGAUGUGCGUUACUGUUGAUUCUGCUGUUGUGCCAAAGGACAAGCUCGAGGACUUUAUCCAGCUAGCAAAGGAUUUCUUCAAGAACAACGGGUUGGAUGACUAUGCAGCAUCGCCAGACUGCACGGGUAUGAUUAGCGAGCGCCACUACGAGCGUAUUGUGAGCAUGGUGAAGGAGGCAGAAGCUGCUGGUGUGCGGACCAUCACACUCGGUGGCAAAUCCCUCGAAGCGGUUGCUGGCAAACGCUCCUUGCCACUCACGUUGGUUGUGGAUCCACCAGCAAACUUGCGCGUGUCCAAGGAGGAGAUUUUUGGUCCGAUCAUGCCUAUUGUCACUUACACCAACUUGGAUGAUGCUAUUGCAACCAUCAACGAUGGCGAGCGUCCACUCGGUCUCUACAUCUUUACAGAUGACGCAGAGGAAGCAAAGCGUCUUGUGAAUGAGACAAACUCUGGUGGUUGCUCCAUCAACUCUUGUGCUAUGCAAGCUGCACUCCCAUCGAUGGGUUUCGGUGGAUCCGGCAACUCAGGCAUGGGACGACACCAUGGACUUGAGGGCUUCUUGGAGUUUACAAACCCGCGCGGUGUGUUCACCAGGGGUCCUGCCACGUCGCAAGAUUUGAUUGCUGCCUUUGGGCCUCCAUUCAGUUUCGGCGAGCAGGUUGCGGCCGGUGCCUAUGCGGCAGCUGGCAUGUGAGGUUCUUUGACAAUCCCCCUGAUGCUGCUGCUGCUGGUGGUUGCAUUGUAGCUUGCGAUGGCGCACAUGUCAGAUCUGCUGACUCACACAGGCAGCAUCCCCGACUAGCCCCAGGAUACAGUUUAUAUAUACCGUAGCCAAGGCCUCUCGUAUAGUCCCCUGGUCUCUACUUCUUGCUGCGCUCUGGACCAGAG